GCAAGCGCAGCGCAAACAAGUUACUUAGUUUAAUUUAAAUACGCAACAGCACAAGAACAAACUCAGACAACACACAAAAUAUAAUUGAAAUGAGUGCAAAAUUACUAUUCGCAUGCUCCAAAUGCUUUUCGCGUCAUCCAUUCGAAAAUUUAUCUACGGGGCAGCAACUUUGCAAGGGCUGCCGUGGUUCUACCUCAGUUGUUAAAUGUACUUACUGCCGAUCGGAGUUUCAACCCGCUACCAAAUCACAGAGUGCCUGCAAAAAAUGCGAACACUAUCUGGGCAAAUUUGGGAAGCCCAACGCCUGCGAAUGCUGCAAAAUUGUGGCCGCCUUCGGUAGUUCCAAGUGCAUGAGAUGCGCCAGCUACGAGGCGAAGUAUGGACCGCCAGUACAAUGCGAUGAGUGCAAGCUGCGAUCAGCCUUUGACAGGCGCGACGAGAAUAAAAAGGUCAAUGGUAAACUGCUCUGUUGGCUGUGUACCUGCGCUUAUAAACGUGCCCUGUUGAAGGCUCAGCAAGAGGGCCGAAUACCCAUGACAAAGAAACGACCGCACGAGAAAUCGUCGUCCGGUUCCGGGCACAGAGGAGACAGUGCGGCAAAGAAACCCACACGCGCUGACCUUGGGAAGAGUGGUAGCAAUGCGGGAGGAGGCGUGACAGCUGUAAGCGGUGCCGGUCUCGAUCUGCCCGACAAAAUAUCCCGAGGUAAUGGCGGCAACGGCACAAUUGCAGCUCCCGCGGCCAUAAACAUCGAUACAAACUCAUCGGACCACGUAGUGGCGAUAACACAUCUAAAGGAACGGAUCGCCAGUCUGGAGAAACGAUUGCAGCAAAAAGACAAGGAGCUGCUAGAAAAGGACAAACAGUUAACUGAACUGAAGGGCGCCAAUUUUGAAAAGGAGAACGAAAUGCGAAACAAACUGAGGGAGGUGGAUCGAUUGCAUGACAUGAAGGUUGACAACCUGAAUCGCAAGAUUGCUACCCUGCUUAAAGAUUUGGCCGGCAUGAAGAAGCUGAACAGCAACAACAAAAAGGGCAGCAACAAUUUAACCAAAUUGGAAAAGGAAGCUAUCAAACGUGAAAAUCUAUCGCCCAAAGAGGAGGCAUCAAGUACGCCAGAGAACAAACCCAUUAUGUUGGGAUCAGACCGCGAACUGGAGAAGGAUGAGAAGAGCCAGAGCGGGGAACGAGACGAGGAGCGCAGUGACGACCAGGAUCGGGCCAGUGUGCGUUCGCGUUCCGGUUCCAGCAGCCCAUCUUCGAAUUGAACACAUCUAUCUACACGAGCACUUUGAGUGUAGUUUUAUUGCUUUUUAGUUUGUCGUUUUACAACUGCAACUUUUUGUACUUUUUGCUUUAAUUGUAUCAUAAUUUAACAAUAUUGUUCUUACAUCCUUUACGUUAUGUUACUUUUCACACAUAAAAAAAAUUUUUCAUAUUAUUUUUCUCUAAUUGUAAUUAUCAGUUAGCAAUUGUAGUUUCAACUAUUUGAUAAGCUCAAAUUAAAUAAAUGUUUCUUUUUAGUUUA